UGAGGAUAUUGUAUUGUGGAUAGAAACUGUAUUAACCGUUUCUGCUCUGCUUUGUUCUGCCUGCAACUAAUAAUGGGCACUACAUCUACCACCAUCAAAUUGCUUCCACUUUCUCCUUUGCCAAAACCAACCACUUCAUCUUCAUGGCUUUCUUGCAAACCAAUUUCCCAUCCCUUUCCAAAUUCUCGUCCGCGAGGUAAUGUCGCAGUCUCGGUUUCCUACAACCCCCAAGGCAACUUCGACCUCUCUUUAUUUGACGAUGAUGAUGAAACUAAAGCUGCACCUCCUCUGCCCCCAACUGAAGGCCGAUUUGAAGUUGUCAUUGACAAUGACGUUAUUAGUCGGCUUGACUUGUCUCCUUUUCAAGCUGCAACAGGCAUGAAAUCCCCUUUAUCUGUAAAACCAAAAGAAUUUCUUGACCGCACAAUCGGCUUCACCAUCAACUAUACUAGAGAAGAUCCCCGUGAUCCUCGAGAAUUAUCAGAGUAUCCUGAUAUUAGGGUAUGGUUUGUGAGACUUGAUGCUACUUAUCCAUGGUUGCCAGUUUUGUUGGAUUGGAGAGCUGGAGAACUGGCUCGGUAUGCUGCAAUGUUGGUUCCACAUCAGAUGAAUAUUAAAAUGGGAGUUGUCUUCAAUCCUGAGGCAUUGGAACUGUUUGUUAUGAAGAAAGUUUUCAUUGUGUAUUCCUGGUUGAAGCAUCACAACGUUCCCAAGCCAAAAUUGAAGGCAAAUGAUAUGGCCAGAAUGCUUGGAUUUACAAUUGGAGAUGAACUAUAUGACUUUAUUGAUAAGCAUCCACUUGAUCUUUCGUAAACAGACACCUAAAGAGUACUCUGGAUCAGUACCCUAAGAAUGAGAAUAUUUUUUUUCUUGUUUCUUUUGAUCCAACAUAUUGUGAAGUGUAUCAGCAUUUUAAGAGUAACUAGACAUGCAAAGGAGCAGUGAGAUUGGAAUAGCAUGAGUCAUAAAGACUAAAAAAUAAAAAAUGGAGCUAAUAAUAUAAUUUUUUGUAACACUACGAAAGAAACAUCAAGCUAAGGGUUUGCUUAUUGCUAAUGCUUGCCAAGAGCUUCAUAUUCAUUAUUCAGUAAUCACAUCAAAUGUAGAUGCACUCUUUUCGGGA